UGGAAGGAGGCUGCUUUGCUUUGCCUUCCUCCCCCUGCCACCCCAACUUGUCCCCGAAUCCCCCAGGGUGGGUCGGUGGUGCAGGACGCAGCCACAGUUGCCAAGGGACUUGGGUCAUGGGACUCAACUCCGACCGCGUUUGCUUAGAAGAGGAGGAGGAGGAGGAGGAGGAGGAGGAAAGAUGGGACUGAGAUCUGGGCUCCGAAGGCUGCCAGAGCAGCACUGAGCUGCCUUCCCCAUGAAUUAGCUUCAUCUCCACUGCAGCUCAUCCGCUGGGAAAGAGACAAAGGAGCAGGGAAGACGGGCGGGAGUGACUGGAGCAGAAAUCCACCCGGGCUGUGCAACAAGAAUGGAGAGGCAGGAUUUGGGUUAUGAAACUCCAGGGCAGUGCAAACACAGCCCGGUGCAAAGGCUCUGCAGCCAGCUGCUUGCUUGAAGGUGGUUUUUGUGAUCCUGUUGCUAGGAUUAAGCCCUUUUUUUUUUUUUCUUUUUUUUUUUUCUUUCUUUUUUUUUGCAUUGCAUUGCAGCAUGGAGAGUCUUUUGUUUGAGUUAAAUUCAGACCUCUUGAUAUGUCACCUGACAGUCUUGUGGUUUUGGAUGAAUAUGGCUCAUUGCUAUUAUUAACCUGAGUUGGCAGCCGGGCACAACAGGAGUUUAUAGGGAUUUUGAAAAGUGGAACUGCUCGAGGGACAAAGAUGCUUCCCAGUUGGCCUUUGCCAGAGUUUGACCCGAGUCAGAUCCGGCUGAUUGUGUACCAGGACUGCGAGAGGAGAGGCCGGAAUGUCUUGUUUGACUCCAGUGCUAAAAGAAAGAUAGAGGAUGUUUCAGUGUCGAAACUCUGCAGCGAUGCUCAGGUGAGAGUUUUUGGGAAAUGUUGCCAGCUGAAGCCUGGAGGAGACAGCUCUUCUUCCUUGGAUAGUUCAAUCAAUUCAUCCUCCUCGUUCUCUGAUCCAAAAGAACAAUGUCCAAAAUACCAGGGUUCUCGGUGCUCCUCAGAUGCUAACAUGCUUGGAGAGAUGAUGUUUGGCUCUGUGGCCAUGAGCUACAAGGGUUCUACACUGAAAAUUCACCAGAUCCGCUCACCUCCCCAGCUCAUGCUCAGCAAGGUUUUCACAGCUCGCACUGGAAGCAGCAUCUAUGGGAGCCUGAAUACGUUGCAGGACAGUCUUGAGUUCAUUAAUCAAGACAGCAAUACAUUAAAGCCCGACCACAGUACAAUUAUGAAUGGACUUCUUGGGAAUAUAGGUCUUUCACAGCUUUGCAGCCCUAGGCGGGCAUUCUCAGAGCAAGGUCCGCUCCGCCUGAUCCGGAGCGCCUCUUUCUUUGCAGUUCAUAGCAACCCUAUGGAUAUGCCUGGGAGGGAGCAGAACGAGGACAGAGACAGCGGUAUAGCAAGAUCUGCAUCUCUUAGCAGCCUGCUCAUCACUCCCUUUCCAUCUCCUGGCUCUUCAUUUAACAAAAGCUGUGCUAGCAGUUACCAGCGGCGUUGGCGGCGCAGCCAGACUACCAGCUUGGAGAACGGGGUCUUCCCUCGCUGGUCUAUGGAUGAAAGCUUUAACUUGUCAGAUGACAGCUCUGGUCCUAGCCCAGGAAUUGUUAGAAAGAAGAAGAUAGCAAUUGGAGUUAUUUUUUCACUCUCAAGAGAUGAAGAUGAAAACAACAAAUUUAAUGAGUUCUUCUUCUCACACUUUCCUCUUUUUGAGAGUCACAUGAACAAACUGAAGAGUGCAAUAGAACAGGCUAUGAAAAUGAGUCGUCGAUCAGCUGAUGCCAGUCAGCGGAGUUUGGCUUAUAACAGAAUCCUUGAUGCCCUUAAUGAAUUCAGAACAACCAUUUGCAACCUCUACACAAUGCCACGGAUUGGGGAGCCUGUCUGGCUCACUAUGAUGUCGGGGACACCAGAAAAGAACCAGCUUUGCCAUCGCUUCAUGAAGGAGUUCACUUUCUUGAUGGAAAACGCUUCAAAAAACCAGUUUUUACCAGCUUUACUGACUGCAGUCCUGACUAACCACUUGGCCUGGGUCCCUACGGUCAUGCCAAACGGGCAGCCCCCUAUAAGAAUCUUCCUGGAAAAGCAUUCUUCCCAGAGUGUGGACAUGCUGGCCAAAACUCAUCCCUACAACCCCCUUUGGGCACAGCUUGGUGACCUGUAUGGGGCUAUUGGAUCACCUGUGAGACUAGCAAAAACAGUUGUGGUUGGCAAAAGGCAUGACCUGGUGCAGAGGUUGCUUUAUUUCCUCACUUACUUCAUCAGAUGCUCUGAACUUCAGGAGACACAUCUUCUAGAAAACGGGGAAGAUGAGGCCAUUGUCAUGCCUGGGACUGUUAUAACGACCACGCUGGAGAAAGGAGAAGUGGAAGAAUCUGAGUAUGUGCUUGUCACAAUGCACAAGAACAGGGGCAGCUUGCUACCAACGGAGUCUGAAGAAACAAGAAAUCCCAACUGCAGGUGUAAAUAUUGCAAAUGUCCUGUUUCCCUUGCCCAGAACAUAGAAGGGGUUUCACAGCAGGAGAGAGAAGACACGCAGAGCACUCCGAAGGUCGAGCUGGAAUCUUCUUCAGAUGAGAACAGAACCAUCGUUCCUGAUGACUGCCAGGAAGAUGGUGCUGAUGUUAACCCACCGAGACCCUGCCUGGUGGACACAAAACUGGAGAGUGUGGUGUGUGCAGGGGCAGCUUCACCAGAAAAACACCUGGCGGUGGAAUCUGCUUUGGAGGCACCGGCCAAGGCGUGGAGGAGCGAGGACUCCCUGGAACCAGGCAACCAGGCAGGGGGGGGUGUGACAAGGUCACCCGGGCUUGCUGUGGAAAAGAAGCCACCAGAUAAGCUCUUCUGUGAGGAGUUUCCUUGCAGUGCUGCUGAAGCUCAGACUAAGGUGACUUUCCUCAUCGGAGAUUCCAUGUCACCUGACUCAGACAUCGAGCUGCGGAGUCAGGCAGUAGCAGAACAAAUUGCCAGGCACCAGAGCCCGCCAGCCACGGAGGAAGGAGUGUCUGCUGAGCAGAACUGUGAAGCCAAACAAACUGUCGAGGACCAAAAUAGAGACUGUGGGACAGCUGAACCCUUUCCUCAAGUUGCCAGCGAGCAUCAGAGCUGGAAUCCAAACCCUUACAACGCCGAGAGCAUGAGUCUGUUUGAUGAGUAUUUUACUGAUGACAGUUCAAUUGAAACCCGGACUAUUGAUGAUAUUCCAGGGCAAGCAGCUCCAGACCUCCUUGCUCACAGCAGUAGUUCAGAGUUUUCUCAAAAGCUGUGCACAAAGACCAGCAACCCACCUAGUGAGUUUUGUAAAUUUAUGGACUCUCUGCGACAGGAGACCUACAAGAACUGCUUUAAUGAGCAGGACCAAAGAGAGAAAAUCUCUAUUCGUGUCCCCCAUGGGGACAGAGAAAACAUAGAGAAAAAAGUUGCCCCGGGCAUUGAUUGGGACAUUCCAAGAAAUGAGAGUUCAGAUAGUGCCCUGGGUGACAGUGAAAGUGAGGACACAGGUCAUGACCUUACUAGACCAAGUGGUAACUAUUAUGGAGGAGAGCAAGAGGACUGGGCAGAAGAAUAUGAGAUUCCUUUUCCUGGGUCAAAAUUAGUUGAAGUGAACUCUGUCCAACCCAGUAUUGCCAAUUUUGGAAGAUCCUUACUAGGUGGCUACUGUUCAUCUUACGUCCCUGACUUUGUUUUGCAAGGAAUAGGAAGUGAUGAGAAGCUGAGGCACUGUUUGGUGGCAGAUUUGUCUCAUGCUGUGCAGCAUCCUGUUCUGGAUGAACCCAUUGCAGAAGCUGUCUGCAUUAUUGCAGACACAGACAAGUGGACAGUGCAAGUGGCCAGUAGCCAGAGGAGAAUGAUUGACAACAAGCUGGGAAAAGAAGUGUUGGUCUCCAGCCUCGUCUCCAACCUGCUUCAUUCCACUCUUCAGCUUUACAAGCAUAAUUUAUCUCCAAAUUUUUGUGUUAUGCACCUGGAGGAUCGGCUGCAGGAGCUGUACUUCAAAAGCAAGAUGCUGUCUGAGUAUCUCAAGGGCCAGAUGAGAGUUCAUGUCAAGGAGCUGGGCGUGGUGCUGGGGAUUGAAUCCAGUGACCUCCCUUUACUGGCAGCUGUAGCAAGCACUCACUCUCCCUACGUUGCACAGAUCCUGCUUUAAAAUGACAGAGCCCACAGGCAUGGAUUUUAUAUAUUUUUUUUUCCCUGCUCUGGAAACAAAGUGGAAGACAACUUGUUCUGGCUCUGUUCUCUCUGAAGCAAUUAAAACAAACUGCUGGUCGAGCUGCAGCACCUCUGUAAAUGACUGCACGUUAUGCAAACUGUUGGAGACUUUUCCUCUCCCACUUGGUCGUUUAUAAAAAGAGGAUAAAGGAAACAAAACAACAACAACAAAAAGAGUAAGCCCAAGUUUUCAACCACAGGCAAGUGAAGAUUUGAAGAAAAGCUGAAGAUUGGGGAUUUUUAGCAGUCUCUGCCAUGGUGGCUAACUGUAAUUUUUGGGGGGGAAUGUGAGGAGGAACUGUUUGGAGAAAGAGAUGAUGCUCUUGCCAGUUAUGAACUUCACAAGAGAAGCAGCAGCAGCAGCAGCUCUGCUGUCCCCUCAGCCUGGCUGCUCCUGGGGAGGAUCUUGCUCAGAUCUCUGAUCCAGGAUGAGUUGUAAACAGCUUCUACUGUUUGAUCUCCUGGUCAAAUUCUGGAUGGUUUCCCAGAGGAAGAACAAGGCUUGGAGGGGGGGGGUUGGUUUGUAAAAAGCUUCUUCAUGGCACUCAGCUCCAGAAUUUAUUUAUGAUUUUUCUCCUGGGGAGAGGGACUGGGGGGGGGGAGUAGCAGGGGACAGGGAGGAGGAAGAGAAGGGAGGAAGAGGCCAACAGGCAAUAGUGAUGGAGAUGCUUCUCUUUCUUGGGCAGAUGCUGUAACCAGUAUUAAGUGUUUGUAAUGUUUUAAUGUUGCUUUAUACUAAGUGAUGCUCUUCUGCCACAACCUAAUCAAAAGGAUAAAAGAAAAAAAAAAAAUCUACAGAGAAUGUUGGCUGAAAUUUCCCCAGGGGGUCCCUGGGAUGACAUGGAUCUUACCUCUUAACUUUUUUACAGUGUAAUGUUCUUGCAACACCAAUAUUCUUUUUACAGCAGUCAGUCAGCUAUGGAAAUAAUGAACUAGAAAUAAUUGUACCAAAGCAUUGGGGAAAAAAAAAAAUAGACUAUUGUUACCCUUAAUUGCUCAGGUAAUUAAUUGAUAGGGAUUUUUUAAAAGCAUUCUACAAAGAACUGAACAUUGAUUACACCACAGUGUAGUAGGAGCAGAAUUAUUUUUUGACAAACACACCCCUGAUGCAAAUGCCUCUAACCCCUUUUCUACUCACUUGUGUAAUUUACCAGCAGGAAAUGUUUAUUUUACUCUCAGUGUUUCUCCUCUAGGCAGCCAUCACUGUUUUGUCCUUGUAUAUACAACAGUUGUACCAGAAGCUGAUGGACCCAAUCUGGUGUAAGUAAUGUAAAUAGACAGUGGUAGGUGGAUGAUGUUUUCUAAGGCUCUACUACCUCAGUUUAACUGGACACUUCAUCAGAGGCUUUUCUUUGCGUGUUUGUCCUAGCAGCCAGUUGGUGUUGUUGAUUUUUAGGUUCUGUUUUCAUGGGUUAGGAUGUUCAGGAAGGUGGAAAUUCAGAGAUUGUUGCAGAAGUGGGAGGCAAGUGCUCACUGGGUCUCCAUAAACACUUCUAUAAAUACCUUGCUCUGUAAUCAUCUUUUCAAUAGCCUAGCACGCCUGCUAUUGUUGUUUUGCAGAGUUCUUUUAAAUACAAAAAUCUAUUUCAACCAUUUUAUAAACUCCCAAGACAAUAGGAGGGAUCCCUGUCCCACUGCUGCCAGGGACAAAACUCUCCUCCCUUCCUUCUCCAGGGCCAGGGUUUCACCCAGAGGGGUUUUGUCAGGAGCAAUUUCCAGUCUGUAACUUCAGGCUCUGGUCCACAGCAAACCCACAGCCCCUUGCCAGGCAGGGCUGGGUCUGCCUCAGCAAGGAAACCACAGGUGGAGGUGGGAAGUGUCACUUGGGACCCUUUUUGUCAACAAAACCUAAAGCUGAGUGCUGCGGGGAGGCAGCUCCUGUGUGAGCACCUCAGGCUGUCCCUGCCCUGUUCCUCAGGUGUCCCCUCUUCACCCCACAGCUCUGUUCCAGCUGGGUUUUGGAACCAGCACAAAGCAGAGAGGGCCCAGUUGUGUGCAAAGACAUUUUUAAUGAAUUAUGGGCUCGAGCUCAGCCUGUGAGCCUUUAACUCUUUGCCAUGGAAGGUUCUCCAGGCAGGAAUUCCAACUCUGAGCAUCGUGCAGAGGUUUGCAGCUGGGGAAGCUGCCAGGGGUCCUGGGGAGACACUCCUGCCCUUGCCUCCAGGGAGAUUCCCCCCUGGUUUCACCCCUAAGAUGUGCCUGAAUAACCAGGGAGCACCACCCCAUAAUCCUGGCACUUCCCAGGAGUGUUCUUGGGGACAACUCCACCUUCUCCUGCCUGGAGGCAGCUGGGUGAAGGGUGGGAAUGGCUGUGAAAUGGAUUGGACUUUGCCCAGCUUGGAAUUCACUUGGGAAGGAGAAGCAGGAGCUCAGCUGGUGGCAUCCAGCUCUGCUGCCCUCUGCACAGCCCCCCCAGGAACAUCCCCACAGCCCCAGGUGACACAGCCACAGAGGUGGCUGCUUUGUCCCCCUCUUGGUGGCUCUGGGAGUGGUGGCACCUCCUGAGCAGUUCCUGGUCAGGACAGAACCAAAACCCCUCCUGUGAUGGGAAGUGAGGCUCGAAGUGAGCAUCAGGGUACUUGAACAAGGUGGUACGUCUGGGUUUCUGCUAAAAAGUGCAAAAAGGGAUCUUUCACAGGAAAAGAGCAUCCAGGUUUUUAUUAAAAACUGCAUCACAAUUUGGUUUAUGUGAAGAAAAAACUAACGUUUGAUUUCUUUUUUUUUUGUUGUUGUUGCCACUAUUACCCAUCUCCAUUAACAUGUCUUAAUCUUCUGGCUGAAAACAAAGUGUUCUAGGCACACAAAUGAGCAAAUUUGGGGUUUUUUUUGUUUGGUUUUUUUGUUGUUGCAAUUGGCAAACUCUGGGCUGCUAAGAACAAAAGAAGUAUUUAAAAGGAAGGGUUUUACACCUUGCAUAUGUUUUCCCUCUUAGUUGUUAUAGAUGUUUUAUGACAAUUUUUUGCUUUCUCUAAAUUAUUUAGAUGGUGGUACUUGUAAAAUGCUGGGUAAAAUGUACAUACUUGUUAUCUCUUCUGGUUUUGUAUAUAUUUCCCAAGAUGUGCACUUGUAUUAUAAUAACCAUUCCCAAUUUUAGGGGAAAUUUGUGCAAUAAAUACAGUUAUGUCAAUUUA